UAAUCCUACUAACUUACCAAGAAAGCAAGAAUGACUAUAUAUAGACCCUUUGAUGUACUUUUUUGACCCAUGCAUACUUCCUUUUCAAAAAUUUCAUAGAUAUCAAGUGUGGUUUCCUUCCACCCUUGGUCACAAAAAGUUGAGAUGGUGGAGAUACACGAAGAGAUUGAUGUUCAAAGUCCCACCGAAGAUAUAACAGAUGACGGAGAUGAAGAGAUCAGUUAUAAUGAUCUAAAGAAUAGAAUGCGUAAGGAUCGUAUACGCAUGCAAAAGCUGAAAGCCAAGAGGGAGGAGCCCGAAUCAUCUGAGGCUAGACUCGAGCAGUUAAGGCGAAAAAAGAUGUCAAGAUCUCAAGAUGCCGUCCUUAAGUAUAUGGUAAAGAUCAUGGAGGUUUGUAAUGCACAAGGGUUUGUGUAUGGUAUAGUAACUGAAAAAGGGAAGCCUGUGACAGGCUCCUCUGACAGCCUACGUAGUUGGUGGAAAGAGAGUGUGCGGUUUGAUCUUAAUGCUCCGGCUGCUAUUGCCACUUUCUUGCCAUCAAUAAUAGAACAAGCUGUUGAGAUGGACCCAACUUCAUGUAUGCAUCAUUUGCAAGACUUGCAUGAUACUACUUUAGGGUCACUUAUUUCUCUUCUCAUGCAACACUGCAUCCCUCCACAAAGGAGGUUUCCUUUGGAGAGGGGUUUGGCCCCUCCGUGGUGGCCCAAUGGAAACGAAAUUUGGUGGGGUGAUCAAGGGUCAACUUCCCAAGAACAAGGGCCACCACCUUACAAGAAGCCUCAUGAUUUGAAAAAGGCUUGGAAAGUAAGUGUUUUGGCUGCUAUUAUCAAACACAUGUCUCUUAAUUUAGACCGUACGAGACGGUUAGUUAAGCAGUCCAAGUGCUUGCAAAAUAAAAUGACCUCAAAAGAAACUGCAUCUUUGUCGAAAGUAAUUAACCAAGAAGAAGUUCUAGUAAAGUUGACACAGAAGUCACUCAACAUCUCAACACCUGAAUCGAAUGAAUCUGUGAAGGAAGGUCAUGGAGGCGCUUUGGACCGCUCUACGUUGCACAACUAUCAAAAAAGGAAAUAUAAAUUUGAUUCAGAGAGGUCGGUGGAUAAGUUAUAUGCUUACCAAAACUCUGCACGCCCACAUACUGAGCUACCAUUAGGCUUUAGUAACAAGAACUUGCAAGCUGACCAUCAAUCUAGCUGUGGUCACCACAAUAUAUUUGAAGUUCCAAAAGCACUAGGGUCAUAUGCCACAUACACUGCUACGACUGAACAUCCCCUAAUUAAUAUAGAAGUGGCACAACAUGAGGGAAGGAUGAAGAAGAGAAAUGUUACAAAUGAUGGAGAGUGGAUGGAAAUGGAUAUAGAAAUGGACGAAGAACAUCUUGAUGCACAAGAGAAGCAAGCGAAUUUAAAUUUAGUAGAGAAAUAUGGACAGUACUGGGAAGAAGAUGUAGUUGAACAGGUUUGGUUCGAAGAACUUUAUGGCACCCGUAGAGAAAAAGUGGACUUGAACACGGCUCUAACUAAAGAGGUUUGGAAUGAAAUGGGAACGACUUCAAUAUGGGAUUUAGGAUACCAGUCACCUAAAGAAGAUUGAACCCUUGCUCUAAGCCACUAGCUAACAAGCAAUCCUAAUAGUGUUUCUACAUAUAAUUUUACCUUCGCUAUCCCUUUCUAUUGUAAUUUUGUAGCCCUUAAUAUGAUAUCAGUGUGCUUCUCUCUUACAAUAAUAUAUGUAUGUGUA